GAUCCAUGUAGUUGAUGGUUAUGUGAUCAAAUUACCUGCCCCAAAAAACUUACGUCUUUCUUUUGUUUCAUCGGAUCGGGGGACCGGGGGGGGGGGGGCUCUCAAGUGGAUGGUAUAUAGACACGCGCGCGAACAAUAGCUUCACAAAUCUGCAUACACGAAAUGCUGAAACAUCCUGAUCUAUAUACCGAUCCGAACUUGUUAGCACGCUCGGACGCAGUUUACUCGGUAUAUUCAGAUCAAAGAAAUGACCUCACUGUUUCCUUUUCAAUUGAUCGAAAGCGCUAGACGUACGUAUAACAGUAUUGCAGUUACGUUAUCAUCAACAGAGCAAGAGGAGAGAAUAAAAUGGUGGCCAUAAUAACGUCUCGUAGAUUCUUCGUCAUUUUGUCUUUGUUUUAUAAGGUCGUGUCGCUAUGUCAGGCCCAGUACCAUGGCAAGCUCAUUGGAUCACUCAGUGAUCUCUCAUCCCAUCGCAUUGCCGGGACAGUCUACGCUGAAACUUCGACUCAAAUCAGGAUCAUCGGCUUUAAUUAUGAUGGCACUGCUCCAGAUGCUUUCCUUUGGGCUGGAGUAUCUGGGACACCGUCUUCUGAUGGUUUUAUCAUACCGGACGAAACAGGAAGCCUUUUAAAGCUUGAACAGUAUGAUAACGUUGAUAUUUCAGUCAGCCUUCCUGCUGGAAGAACUGUAUCUUCACUUGCUUGGAUAUCGGUUUGGUGCCGAAGUUUCACGGCAAAUUUUGGACAAGUGAUUAUUCCGGGAAACUUCGUAGCCCCCUCUCCUUUAAGCCUUGGUCCACUAGGUUUUUCACCCCUUGUUCAUAAAACCGAAGCAUCAGACGUGACCAUCUUAAAUUCAAAGCAGAUCCGAGUUACGAAUUUGUUUUAUGAUGGCCUAGGACCUCGGGCUUAUUUUUGGGUAGGACCCGGAGGGACUCCUUCCAAUGGAGCCAAUGACCGUUCAAUACCAGACGAAAACGGAGGAACCGGUGUUAUUAGGAGAUACAGUGGGGAAACGAUCGUUCUAACUCUCCCUGAUGAGUUAACGGUGUCCGAUAUUGGGCAUUUUGGUUUGUGGUGCAUAGCUUUCUCCCAAGAUUUCGGACACGUUGAUAUCAGCAUACCGAACAACCAUGACCUGCCUCCACUACCUUUUCACAGUGGGACCAGCGGACCAAGGAGACUGACAUUUCCGAACUGCGAAACGCUGGUCGAUGAAAAGUUUCAAGUGAGUUGGAAAAUCGACGGGAGCGAUAUCAUCAUCAGACUGAGCAGUCUCAAUGGUACCGACUACGCCGCAUUCGGUCUCAGUGGAUCGACAACGGGAACGCAAAUGAUCGGCGGUGAUGUUGUCGUGACUUUCAUGGAUAACCAGACUCCACGGGCCGUCGACUACUAUCUGAAAAGCCAGGCCCAGUGUACCCCUCAAAAUGGUGACGGAGCCUGUCCAGAUACAAUAUCAUCAGAACAAGGAAGCAACGACUCUGUAGUAGUGGAAUCGUAUGUAGAGAACGGCGUUACACAUAUUACCUACCGUCGGCCUCUGGCUGCAACAGAUGCUACUUAUGACCAGGCUUACACUACCAAUGGCCCUGUCUACGUCAUCUGGGCGCGAGGACCUAUUAACGCUGAUGGUCGUGUUGCUUUCCACAACAUAGGAUGGUCAAAAAGUAAUUCCAAUUUGCAGAUUGAUUUUGGACGCAAUAGCAGCGCUUGCUCACCCCUAGGACAAGGGGGUAUUGCACCACCCGUAGCAGAUGGCUGGGAAAUACCUGGUAUCACACGCCUUGAGGAAGCAACCUUUACCGUGGAAAUGGGACUCUCUGGUGGACGCAAAGGGUACCAGGCCAUCACUGGUCGUGUUGGAUGGGGAAUCGCAUGGUUUAUCAAUGGUAUUCUUAUCCCCGAGUUAACCCUCAAACGCAACGUCACCUACACAUUCCGUGUAUUCGGUGGAGAUAAUGCGAAUUUCAGCGGCAAUUAUCAUCCUUUCUAUAUUACUGAUGACAUCAACGGUGGUUACGGACAACUCUCUGAAGCAGACAGAGAGGGUAUCAAGAUCUAUGCAGGCCCCGUUGAGGGUCCUCUUUGUCAGUACAUGAGCGAUACGAACCCUGAUUCGUAUAACACGUUUGACGAGUUUAAGGCAACCUUAGAAAAAAAUUGUUUGUCUGGUGAUCCUGGUGUACUCGAGUGGACUGUUCCUAUUGAUGCUCCCGAUCUCCUGUACUAUCAUUGCUACACUCAUCGUUUCUUGGGUUGGAAAAUUCACAUAACAGACAGCGCCACCACCGUCUCCUUGUCUUUAUUCAACAUUGCUGUCCUCUUCCUCCUUUACCUAAUCUUGUAAAAAGUUUAACGAAUGCAAUUACAUGAAUAUUCCUUUUAAAGUGGUGAGUACACUUUACAGACAAGUCCACGUAAUGGACAUGACUUAAGACACAGUUUCGAAUGAUCAUAAUUCAUAAGUUAUCAUAUUUAAAGUGUUCUUAGUUUUAUAAAAUAUAUUCAGCGGUAAUAAAACUUUGAAGAAAAAAAUUAUGGUUGUGACCAAAUGUGUUUGAUAAACUUAGUAAGAUUCGGUUGAUUUUUAAAGUAUUCAAACAGUUCUAGCCGGGUGUAUCAGACACAUUUGAUGUUCAGUUACACACACACUGAUUUGUUUUUUUUUACCAUAUUAUUGAAUAGUGAUAAAACUUUGUAAAGUGCAUUGUAUAUGUGUCUGAAUGUUAAAUGUGUUUUACUCGGCAAGAACUGUUUGAAAAGUGUCAAUCUUAAAGUUUGAUACUUAAGAACUAUCUGAAUGCUAUUUCCACAUGCUGAAAUGUGUUUCCGAAUGUGUGCAAAGCUCAUCAAGGAUUCCACAAAGUGGAUUCGAGCUCUUUAUUAGCUGCAAUAUCGUUAACACAUGUGUUACUUUAAAAGUAGGCUCUGUAUAUACACUAGUCAAAAUGACCACAUUGAAAAACUAUACAGGUGUCUUACCUGCAAUAGAGACAACUUAUAUAUACAUGUAUAUUUAAAUUUAAAAACAUUUUCCUUCUCGAGUUUGGUUACUCAUUUGUUAUAUACCCUAGACUUGUAGUGAAAAUGGUAUAGGCCUACAUGUACAUGUAAGCUAGAUCGUUUUAUGCAGAAUGCACAAAGAUUUAAUACACUUUUUUUUUUUUAUCUCUUUCGUUGUCAUGUGCCUUAACGUGACGAAUAUGGCUAUAUAUGUCCUUUUUAUUAUCCAUAAAUCACAAAAAUGUAAACAAAUUAUUCUGCUGAGACAGUUUCAGAGCGUAAUAUUUUUUAAUCCUCUUAAGCCAUUGUUUUGUUUCAGCUUCAGUCCUAGCAGACCUUUCAUUGCAAUAACUAAAGUCAGUCCAACACCAACCCGGAGUCUAUAUCUAUUAGCACCAUAAAGGUCUCUAAACAACACCAUAUUGGUCUGGGGCUAACUCCAUAUAGGCUAAUAACGUCUUUCUUUAAACAACACCAGCAAGCUUUCAUUCAAACGACACCAGAUUGAUUUUAAACGGAUAUUUUUCCAACACUUAUGUGUUGACAGAUUCCGGGCUCAUGUUAAAUGGACACACAGUGCUUUUUACAGGGUUGCCAUUACAUACCAUACCAUGCGUUAUUAGAGUCAAAUGCAGGUGAUUUAUUUUUGAUUUUUCGAAGUCAAUCCUUUAUAUUCGUCAAAUAUAUACGAAAAUAUUUUGUUAGAAUUGAAAUUUCAGAACAUCGGCUCACUCAGCACUGAUUAUGAUAUUGAAUCGUUUUGCACAUCUUGCCAUCCUUAUUAGGAGACAUUUCCAUUGUUGUGAUAGCAGUUUUAUUAAUGCGACAAUUUUUAUUGAUAACUUUGAUAUCAUGAAAUAUAGUCGAAAACAUAUACUAUAAUGGAAUACAUGCUCACACGCAAUCAGUAUAAUUCAGUACAGUUGUUUAAUCACACUGAAGAAACUGGUCUUUUUUACAAAAAUUCGCAUUUUUAACGCAACUCCUAAACCUUAAACACAGUUUUAUACGCACUUAUUAUUAUUGUUUGGUAUUCCAGAGUUGGAUUGAAACGCAAUAUUAUUAAAACUCAUGCCAAAUGUCACUGUGCACAAAGUAAAUAACAUGAAUGAAGGUUUAAAACAUGAAUGCACAAAAUAUGUACAUAUAAUAGGGCUUAAAAUCACAUUUCGAUAAUAAUCGUAAGACGACCAAGGUCAUCAGUUUACUUUUAUUAAGCCAUAAUUUGUACUUUAUGCGUGUGGGGUGUGUGUGAGGGUAUUGAGAGAGAGUGUGUGUGUGUGUGUGUGAUGCUGUGUGAUAUAUUACUCUAUGUUCUUUACUAAUUUUUAUCUGUAUGAUUUCACUAAGUGAUAUAAAAAAAGUGUACUUUGUAUAUUUGAGUGUGUGUGUCGGUGUAUGUGGGUGUGUAUUUGUGCAGAUGUUUGUUAUUUUUUUGUAUUUUUCAUAGUCUUGCUCUUCUUGAAUAGAGAACAAAAUGUAUUUAAACUAUUUUCUAUAAAUUAGUCAUGUAAUAAAUGUAUAAGUAGUAUAUUUGAUACUCUCUUUCUGCAUGGGAAUUUUUUAAAGAAAAGUUGCACUCUACUUCUCUAGCAGAAUAUUUCUACUUUCUCUAGCAGAAUAUUUUCUUAUUGCUUUAAUAAAGGUUAGAUUUCAGUUGUCAUACUAGCGUACUAUAUAUAUUGCAAAGUAAAUAACUAUUUUAAGGUGAAGUUGUAUGAUUAUGUAGAUUUUUCUAUUACUUUGUACUAUUUGCUAUGUUUAUUUUCGUAUCUGGAGGCAAUAAAAUGUUUAAUGUGAGUCUUUAAGGUA